CUCACCACCGGCGAAAACGUCAGUGCAAGAUUGCGCGAACCACGUGAAAAUCCAUCAUUUAAUUCUCAAAAAAGACGCGCGGAAUUAUGGUAUAAUUUGAUUAAAAUAUAAACUAAAUUUUAAAGUAAAUAGUGACAAGUGAUUAAUAUAUACAUUUAUUUUUAAAUUAGAAUUUACAUUUGAACUGUUUAAAACUGAAAAUAAGACAAAGUUCUUCCAAAUGUGAACGGUCUAACAACAGCGGAACUAGUAUGUGUACCUAACGAUAAAAGUUGUGGCGACAUAGGCGCACAUAAAAAAAUGUAAUAUGUGAAAUAAAACUAAUACAACAAAAAAUAAUACAGCUUUAUAUCGUGUUAUUUGGCAUCAAUCAAUUCUACCCACCAGAAGGAUAAACCAAUUUGCGCAACUUUAUACAUAAUUUCUAAAUAACUGAUUUAAAAAGUGGAAGUGUGUAUAAUUUUACAGACGCUUAAAGAUUUUCUAAAUUGCCUGCAUAUAUUCCGCGAUUUAAUAAGCAAUUUCUAGGGAAGACAACGCAGUGAAUAUAAUAAUAAGGGAGGUGGUUCUGCGGCGAUAUUGCGACGUUUUAAAUUUACAAUUAUGUAAGGUUGACUCUCUGUGGAUAAUGUAAAAUUUAAUGGACACAAUGAAAAGUAUGUUAGUGUUAGCAUUCGUCGCUAUCAUUGCAUUUUGUGGCGGUUUAACGGCUCCUGCUUGCGUGUGCGAUAAAAGAGAAUGUGAAAUUGUCAACGAAGUGGACUGUCCUGGACUAGGAAUUGUUGUUUGGGAUCCCUGCAAAUGUUGCCAAGAAUGUGCACGCACCGAAGGGGAACCCUGUGGAGGAGACUUAGGUUUUAGUGGCACCUGUGAACCAGGCUUAUCGUGUCAGCAACCUGGACCUUCACCAAGUGAAGGAAUUUGUAGACCCAUCAUUUUUGACAGUCACGAAGACACGUGAAAAAUACUUCUCUUCGCUGUUUUUGAUUUGUUACAGCACCGACUCCUUGAGUGGAACGUACGAGCUGAAAUGAACUCGAAAAGUGAAAAACUCUAAAGUAAAGAACAGAUGGAGUUACGAACUGCAAUAUGAGAACAAAAUAAAACAGUGUAUAGUGCGAUCAAAGCUGAAGAAGUUUUCAACAGCAACAUAAACAAGAAAGAAAAUGGUCAAGACUGUGGACUCAGUUUUAGUUUGUAGCUAUCAAUGUGACUGCGUACAGGCAGGAUGGGUAAAGAUUAUGUGUAAAUUUGUGACAAUACCAUUAGUAUUUAAUGCGAAUCAAAUUAAGUAAGUAUAUUAUUAAAUUUCGUAGAAUUUUGUGUUACAAUAUGUAAUCAAUAAAUUGUUUUAUUUAUUUA